AUGAAUAACUUUCAAGUGCAUCUGAUAAUCUUUUUAUUUCGUCUAAUGACAUUAAACUCACUAGGCUUAGCAAAUGGAUUUCUAUUAAUCUUUUCAGUUACACCAUUUUUUAAGAAAAGUAAUAAUUUGUCGCAUAAUAAAUUCUUUUUUAACUAUAAUUUUAAUCGUUUUUUGACCUUAAAACAAAUAAGGAAAAUGUCAACGGUUGAAGAGGCGAAGAAAUGUGCUGCACAUUCAGCAGUUGUUAAUCACGUUAAGAAUAACAGCAUUGUAGGUAUAGGCAGUGGGUCUACAGUUGUUUAUGCUGUUGAAAAAUUAGCCGACCGUAUAAAAAAUGAAAAGUUACAUAUCAUUUGUAUCCCGACUUCAUUUCAAGCUGAACAACUAAUUACUGAAAACAAAUUAAAUUUAGGUUCUCUCUCUCAGUAUCCUGAGAUUGAUGUGGUUAUCGAUGGUGCUGAUGAAGUAGAUGAAAACUUAACAUUAAUAAAAGGAGGAGGGGGAUGUUUAUUACAAGAAAAAAUAAUUGCUAGUUGUUCGAAAGAAAUGAUAGUUAUAGCUGAUUUCAAUAAGAAAUCCAAAAAAUUAGGUGAAAAAUGGAAGAAAGGAGUUCCCAUUGAAGUCAUUCCAUUUUGUUAUGUACCGAUAAAAAACAAAAUACAAUUGAAAUUUGGUGGAGAAGCUGUGCUGCGAAUGGCCAAGAUGAAAGCUGGACCAGUUGUUACUGACAAUGGUAAUUUUAUCCUCGAUUGGAAAUUCCCUGAAAAUAAAGAUUAUAAUUGGGAAAAAAUAAGUGUCGAUUUAAAACUAAUACCUGGAGUUGUCGAAACUGGAUUGUUUGUUAAUAUGGCUAAGAAAGCAUAUUUUGGAAUGUCAGAUGGUUCUGUCGUUAUGACUCCUUAG